CCCACAUUUUCCCAUAACGGAUUAGGCAAGUUUGUUUCCUUAACCCUUGAGAGGAGCCUAUGCUCUCUAGCUCACUCUGCCUUACAUGCCUCAAUGAGGCUUUCUAUUUAUAUUGCCAUGCCAAGGCUUUCCACCACCUAUACACGUAGCAAAUACAUUGGUGGUAGGUUUAGUUUGUGGCUUGAGUUUAUUUCUAUUAUUUUAGUUCCAAUAAUGUAGGUAGUUGGGUAGUUGAGCUUUUCUCCAAUAUUCUGCACAUGGGACUCAUAUGGAGAUGUCUAGAGCUUUGAGGAGAAUUGUGGAUUAUGGACUUUUG